UUCAUGUCACAAGUUAUCCCAACCUGCCAAAAGCUAUUGGCUUCUAAACGGAGAUUGUUCAGUUUGUCCAAAGUCCACACAGCUCACUUCUCCCAGGCUUACGGGUUUAGGAGCAAGAUGAAGGGUCGUGAUCUGGCCGAGCCACUGUAACGGUCGAAUCAGUUCAAAUGAGAGCGGGAUAGAACGGACAUUUUCAAUCCUGGCAAACGAGAAGGUACUGGGACCACUCAUCGGUAAAGUUGAGUGCUGCGACGAUAGAAGAAACAGCUUGGCUGCUACUGUCAUUGUCGUCUCCGUGAAUCUGGGUGCGAUGGGAGAAGAUGUCUCCCAGAUUGAAGAGAGAGGAAUGCCUGCGAACCAAGCACGACUCCCUCUUCUCCAAAUGGAAGGUUCUUAUUGGACCAUCUGAUUGGGAGGACUACUCCUUAGGAAAAGAUGGAGUAGAAAGGUACAGGAUCCAUAAUAUUCCUAUACAUAGUGCAUGCCCUGGUCUUUAUGAGUUAGGCAUAGCUUCAAAUCCUGGAGGUGAAGAUAAGAGGACUCGCAGGCAUGCUGCAGAGAAUGUUAUUGUUGUGUACCUUGGGCAAGCUGAUAAUGUUAGAACAAGGCUCCAACAAUAUGGCCGUGCAGGAGCUCAUUUGGACCAGAGAAAUUCAAGUACUUCUGCAGAUAAAAUUGAAUUCCCGUUUACUCAGAAUGGACCAGGACUGUUCAAAGAGAUUUUCUCAAGGGGACACUCCAUCAUGUUCAGAUGGGUUCCGAUGACUAGCAAAAAAGAAGCUGAGAAGAAAGAGGCCAGCCUGCUUGAAGUCUUUGACUAUGCCUGGAAUAGACGUGGAAAUGGUGUCUGUCGCCGAGAAGAGGUCCUCUCAAAGUUAGAUAAUGCAGCCAGACCUCUCUCAAAGUUAGAUAAUGCAGCCACCAGCCCAAUCUCAUCUGCCUAUAGAAAGGUACAGCAGUGGAAGCAGACUGUAUUUGAUAAGAAAGCAGGGAUCAAAAUCAAUGGAAGCAUGCCACUUGAUGAAGUGGGAUCAUCUGAAGGUAGGAAAGGUUUUCUCCCAGAUGUGCUCAAGUUUGUUACUUCCCGCCCUCGAUUAGUUCAAGGGGGUGAUGGCAUUCCUGGGGAUCAUGAUAUCUGUGGAGUGGCUAUUGGUGGUGGAUUAGUUUGUAGAAACAAACCAGUUAAAGGAAGAGAAAGGUGUGAAGAGCAUAAAGGAAGGAGGAUUGCUGGCAUUGGUAAAGUAACUAGCGGAGAAGUCACAGCAACCUCAGAGAAAUCAUCUGUGUGUGGUUUUUUUUCGGAAGGCGGUUCUGUUUGUUCCGAACUAGCAAUUCAUGGAAGAAAGAGGUGUGAAUUACACAAAGGCAGAAGGGUUCUUGAAUCUCAUCUACACAUAUCAUCUGAUAGUAAACUCCAAUCUCAUAUGAUGUUGACCAAGAAUAUAACAUCUGCGUAUGAUGUUGACCAGGAAUAUAACAUCUGUGGAGUCGUCUAUUGGGAUGGGUCUAUUUGCAGGAAAAAGCCUGUUUCAGGGCGAAAAAGGUGUGAGCACCAUAAAGGACAGAGAAUUGCUGGAACUAGAUUAUUAACAAGUGAAGAUUGGAUGACAAAAAAAGAAUGUAACCUUGAUGAGCCCUAUGAUAUCUGUGGAGUGGUCAUUGGUGAUGGCUAUGUUUGUAGGAGGAAACCAGUAAUAGGAAGGAAAAGAUGUGAAGAACACAAAGGAAGGAGGGUCACAUCACCUGGGUUAAUGAUAAGCAUGGAGAGCUCUAGAGCGGUGAGCAGAUCAUCAUCUGCAUGUGGUGUUACUUUAAGUAAUGGUUCUAUUUGUAUGAAUUCACCAGUUCCAGGAAGGAAGAGAUGCUCACUACACAAAGGUAGAAGGGUCACCUAAACCCAACUCCAUAAAUAUGUACAAAUAUCCAGUUUGCCAAGUCCAGUUGUUGCUGCUAAGUUUUCACUGAACUCUGAUAUAAAACUUGCAAGAAUGAUAAAUAAUUUGUAACGUGUGUUUGGUUUAGAGAAAUGCAACUUGAAAUGCUGGUGAUUUGUUCUAUUGUAGUCUUUGGUAUUCCAUAUUCAAGCGACUGUCAGAAAGUGGCUGUGUCACUGAUAGUGCAGUUGAAAUAAAAAGGUGCAAUGGAUUUUUCAGUGCUUUUUUUUUU